AUGGGAAUUUUCCAAAGCGUACCUAUUCAAGCUAAUAAUAAUUAUGCUCAAGGAUUCAUGAACCUCGAUGACAUCGAACCCAAGAUAGAUGUCUCUGAGUUCUACAAACUUCGAAUCUACCAAGUCAUGGUUUCUUCCUUCCAAGCUUCCAAGUGGUUCUUCGGAGGCUAUGGCUGUGGUUAUGGACCAAGUCACCACAGAGGAGACUUAGAUGGCAUCAACAACGCUCUUGACUAUAUCAAGUCUCUUAACAUGAAUGCUCUCUGGAUUACACCAAUCUUCGAUAGUAACUACAGCUACAAAGGAAAGAGAUUACAGUCAACAGGAUACUUUUGCAAUGACUACUUCAAGGUCGACAAGCACUUCGGAGGCGACCAAGCUUUCAAGAGAUUAGUAGAUGCUUGCCAUGAACGUGGAAUCUACGUCAUCCUUGAUGUUGCCUUCGGCCAUAACGGAAAAGUCAAGAAGAACUCUCCAUCAGGACUCAAGCCAACAGAUGAAGUUGCAAAGUUCCCUGAAUCUCUCGAUUUCUGCCUUGAAGUCAUCCAAUACUGGACAGAGAACUUUGAAGUUGAUGGUUGGAGAUUGGAUCAGUGUUAUCAGCUUAACCAGGAUGGUCACAAUUACAUGCACGAUAUCAAAGUUUUCUUCGAAAAGUUAUGCACAAAGAGAAGAGAAGAAGGAAAGAAAUGGGGAACUCUCGGUUACAUUGUUGGUGAACAUUGGGCUGGUGUUGAUGAAAUAAAAGAAACAACAUACAAAGAUGAUGGUCUCUUAUCUGCAUUCGACUUCCCAGCAAGAUAUUCAUUGGUUGCAUCAAUAGCUCAAUGUGAAGAUGGAACAACAGGUGGUGUCGACAGAUUAUCCUAUGUUUUCAAUACACCACAGAACAAAGGAUAUUACGACAACUCCAUUCCAAACAUGUUCAUUGGUAACCAUGAUUUGUGGAGACUCGGAAACCUCAUUCGCUCAAGACAUAAAAGUGAUGAGAGUUCAAAGAUCUACUGGGAUAUCCACAAACUUGCUUUCUCAGUUCUUGCAGCCUACUCAGGUCCAAUUACUGUCUACUACGGAGAAGAAUAUGGAGAUGUUACACUCAAUUGGUUCGGUGAUAAUUCUUGCGGUAAAUAUAUCGCUAGUGACAAUUGCUCUAGAACUAAUGGUAAUAUCUCUAAGUUCGAUUCUAGACAGAGAGAUCUCAUUCAAUUCGUCAAGAAAUUGAUGAAGUUCAGAAAUGAGAAUCCUGCUUUAUACAGAGGAAGAGAUUCAGUUACAAUCCAAGGCGAUAUCCUUGUCAAUUACAAAUAUGAUGAUGAAACAGGAAACAAGGUCAUCACCAUGUUCAAUAUCGGACAAAAUGAAUCCACUGUCAACUACAUGUGCGAUCAUAAGGAAAUUAUGAAUAUCAUGAAUCCGAAAGAGCAAUAUCAAGUUUCAGAUAAUGGAACUUUCGAUGUUACUCUUAAGAGAAUGGGAACAGCAUACUUUACAGUUGUUGCUUAA